AUGUCCGCCUCGGCGCAACCGUCGCGCCCGUCGCAGGCGGCCAACGAUCGAGAUACCGAGAUGCUCGAUCCGCCACCACCACCACAACAAACUCCCCCAGGAGAACAAACAGAAGGAGAAGACGCCCAAAUACCAUCACAACAACAUGCUUCUUCAGAACCCCCACGAGACCAACAACAGCCACAACAACAACAACAGCCACAACAACAACAGCCACAACAACAACAACCACAAGACGCAAAAGACCAACCGCCAAUACCAACCCCCGGCCCACGCGCCGCCCGACUCCAAGCCCUUUUCGCCUCCACGGCACGACACACGCUGGACAAGAUUAGUAAAGAGAAUUUUGAGGCGUGUUUUCCGACCAUGUCGGCGCGGGCGCCGGGGACGUUGGAGUUUGUCCAAAGACAGAUGGUGGAGAGGUUGGGGGGGUUGUGGAAUCGCGAAUUCGAAACAAUCAUGGCCAACCGGCAAGUAGUCGCCCGCCUCAACGAGCUCGAAGCCCUCGUCACCGACGCCGCCCACCGCCGUCGCGAAGCCGACGACCCAACCUCCCCCCCAGUAGCCCCCCACACCCUCCCAGCCCCGACCAUCCUCCAAGCCCACCUCCUCCCGCACCUCACCUCACAGCACACCCACCUCACCGCCACCCUCUCCACCACCCAAACACUCAACACCCAACUCUGGGAUGAAAUCCGCGCCCAACGCGCUGAAAUGGAAGCCCUGCUCUCCGGUGUGGAGAAAGUCAUGGCCGAUCUUGAAGGGGCGAAUGCCUUAUUAUUCGAGGACGGCACUACCACUCCCAGUGCUGUUACUCCUGGUGGGAAGGAGGCAGCAGGAGGAGGAGAAGUCCGCGUGAGUGUGGCGGAGGAGAUUGCGGCGGAGACGCGGGCGGCGGAUGAGGCGAUACGGGCUGUGAAGGAGAGGGAGAAGGAGAGGGAGGAGGGUAAGGUGGGGCAAGGCUAA